AUGGACAUCACCGCAGACGGUUCCAGAGUGCGCGCCGUCCGCCUCAUCGUGAUCGAAUACGUCGAGGGAAUCACAAUGCUCCAGGUGCACCCCAACGGGUUCUCCCGAAAUAUUCGCCAGCGGAUCAUGAAAACCAUGAUUGACUUUGAAAGCACAGUAUAUCACCGGAAGGACAUCGUGCUCAGAGACCUCAGCCCUCGCAAUGUGAUGCUAUUAGAGACGACGGAUCUCGAACCUAGCAGACAUCUCGUUUUUGUCGAUUUUGCGAGCGCCUUGUUCAAUCGCAAACUAGAUUACCCGUUUCUUACAGAUGAAAAUUUCUUCCUUGGCCAGUAUGUGUCAUCUCUGCUGCGCUGGAACAAGGAUAUGGCUCGGGAGUUCUUGGAUUGGAUCGAUUGGGAUUGGGAGCCUUGGGUCGAAAAGGAGUAUGCUCAUACGGCUGGCACAAUCACUCAAGGAAUGCGGGAUCGAUAUUCUCUGUGA